GAUCUCGCUCUGCUCCUGUCGUUUUUGUGAUGUUUUCCAGGUGUGGUGUAAGUGCCCGUCAGUCUUACUGUGGGUUACGGUGCUUUCGUACAAGCUGGGGAGAUGUUGGUAAGCUGAGGGUAAUGGCUGUCCCACUUGGCUGACUGAAGGAUGCUUUGGCUCCAAGCACCUGCCUGCAGUGCCGAGCGGGUAAACUGAGAUGGUGUCGGCCUUCCGCCAAAGUAAAGUGUGCAAGCUCUGGGGCAGCUGGUUUUACAAGUGAUUUACAGACCAAACUAAGUGGUUGACAGGUGGGUCUAAUGGCACGAUCACAUAUAACUUCCUAUAUAACUCGGCAGAUGCUGAGGGAAGCUGUUCUAAUUGGGGAUUUGAUGUGGUCUUUGAGUGGCAUGUUUAGGAUUAACAUCAUCACGAGUAAUUAAGUUAUGCUUCUAAAUACUUAACCUUAUUUUCUCACCUGUGUUCAGACCCUGUAGUGGUUAUGACUAUACAGGGGUACAUUUCCCAAAAACCAAGUUCCUAAAAAUGUUAGCAAUUUUAUAUAGUCGGAACCAUGCAACUAGAUGCUUCAAACGGUCUAAGUAGCUAGCAGAAGUUUUUGCGUCUGCUCCUCACAUGCUAAUCCUGAGGUCAGGCAGUGUUCCAGGCCUGGGUGUAUGACAUUUUAUGGGGAUUAUUGGGCAGUUGUCAGACAUAAAGACAUAUGCAUGCUCAUGGAGAUUUUUCAAGAUAUUUAGAUUUAAUUAGAGACAAUCACAUUUCCCUUUCUAUCAUUAUUAAACACAAACACACUGCAAUCUGGGGAAUCUGCUCAAAGUCAUAAAUCCUGAAACUGUCAGAAUCCACAUCUUCAGAAAGAGCCCUGAAUAUGGUCUAAUUGCCACCAGUUCUCCAGCUGUACGUUUCUGAGCAGGUUGCAGACUUCUGUGUGAAUGUCGCCAAAGAGAACAGUUGUGCUCAGAGGCAGGAUGUUGGAUUUGUAAGAAUUGUUGCUGCUACUGACAGGGCUUCAGGAAAGAGUCUUCGCUUACAUCAAGUUGCUGCCAAGAUGUCCUUUGAUGAUGGCCUGGUUCAUUUUCUAUUUCAAAGGUCAUGUUCGAAAACUUUUCCUUAACCCAAGGUGACAUUGGUUGGGCAGUAUAAAUUCCCAAAAAUCCCAUACUAAAAUUUUCAUGUAACAUCACUGGAAAAUUUGCAACCCUAGGCCGGACAGAUUUAUAUAAAGUGUAAUUUUACUUUUUACAGACCGUAAAAUUAAAUACAUGGAAAUUGGAAGAUGCUGAUGAUACUUGUGUGCCACCUAGCGGCCAGGACCACGGAACAUGUAUCGCUUUCCGGUCUUCGCCGAAAUUGGACUAGUUACUUUCGUGCUUUGUCGUUUUGAAACCGAUGUUUUUCACCUAAAUCUUUAUAGUUGUUAAUCGCCUCUCACGCUCCCAUUACUUUUAAUGUAUUUUUUUAUGUAGUCUCCCCAUUGAAAAUGAUGGCAUACAAUGUUAAACGUCAUGAUUCGCUUGGUGAAGUUAAGGACCCAGUUACGCAAGGACCGGUGUAACGCCGUGGAGGAAUCCCGUCAGAAGGACGUUACAAGACGGCAGCGCACAGACGGAGGAGACGCAUCAGGAGCUCUGUUACUCAGCAAUAAGCAUCCUUGCUGGAGAUGAAGUUGACAAAGGUGACUCAGAAGAGGUUCCGGUGCAGGACAUGCAGUUCCCGAGUGUCAAGACGUCCCUUCAGCAAGUGUUUUCCUGUGCAUACGCCCAGUACCUGUCCGCCCCAGAGGUCCCAGGGCCCAUGGACAAACAGCCUCUUUAUAAAGCCUUGUGGCAGGAGCUUGAUCUGGCCACUGACUGCAUCAUGGGGACUGUCUGUGCCCUGGACAUCGAUGCUGUCAGCACUGGUUGCAUUCACAUCCUCACCAGGCAUCUCCACGACAUGAAGGAGGCAAGGAGGGAGCUGUUGUUCAGCUCUUGGGAGAAUGAGGUGGCCUUCCUCAGGGUGUGUUCUGAAGCUCUGGUGCAGAACUUCCUUCCUGAAUCCACGUGGAAGCUGGACCUCUACAGAUGUGUCUUGAAGGAGAUUGUGGCCUUCAAAGUGCUGCUGCAGCUGGUGACAUGGCUCUCAGACCCGGACACGCUGAACCAACUGGUGGUGCAUUAUCUGGAUAUUGUAUCUCCCUGCAGCUCCACAGAGGAGCCCGAGGAUGAGCGGACAGCAAUGGCACAGCCAGAAGAUGACAGAGGAUUCCAGACAACAGGUUCCACAGGAACCACAGACAACAGUGACAAUAAAGCUAAUAGAAAAGGAAAAACGAUCAAGAUGUCCCCUGGGAAGAAACUUAAGAGGUUCAUUGGGAAGUUCUUUAAGAAAACCAAAAAAUUCAAAGGAAAGAACAAAGAGGCAGAGACUGGGCCAAGCUUCCGGGCUGUGGAGCUUCCGAAUCUGUCAGAUGAAGAGGACGAUGACAGCUUGUGCAGCUCUAUCAGUGAAGACUUUCCUCUUCUCAGCAGUGACCAGGAGAAUAUGAUGCACAACCUGUUGAAUGAGCUGUGGAGAGAUGGUCAAUGGACGGUCACUGUCCCUCAAGUGGAGGAGCACAACAAGGAGUUUAUGUACACCAUACACCUAGAUGAGCAAAACAGUCCCGAGGACCUUCAUUGGGACGUCAGUGUGUCAGAGAAGCAACUCCAGGUUCUGCAGGACUCAGCUCAUCUGCUCCCCCUACCUGACGUGUUGGAAAGCACACACAGAAUUUUGGAUGACAAGUUCAAAGAGGAGGCCAGAGCCAAACUGGAGAAUUUCCUACAGAGUGAGGUUGGCCAGAGUCAGGAAGUCUUCCAAUUGCUCUUCAACCCAUUCUGCGACAGCCUGUGUGAUCUGCUGGACAAGCUGCCUUCCUUAUUCAGCUCCACCCUGGAUGAUGAGGAGAGUGUCGCUCACAUGAAGACAGACCAAGAUGGGAACAGGAGACGACCCGGGGGAAGCCCUGAGCCCCCCACAGAAUCCUCGGGGACCUGUGAAGAUGAAGGGGUGCAGAAGGUCUACGAAUGUGCCAAGAAACUACCAAAUAUGGACUCCUCCAUAAGCAGAUCAGACACCUCCAGCAAUCAGUUUAUACAUGACUCCUCUGGUUCAGCCUGCAGUCUGGACCAGCAAGCAAAACAGAGCACAAGUGAGCCAAGAGGACCGGGCACUGACCAGCCACCUGACCCGCCUGCUAACCUGGGCACUGACCAGCCACCUGACCCGCCUGCUAACCUGGGCACUGACCAGCCACCUGANCAGCCACCUGACCCGCCUGCUAACCUGGGCACUGACCAGCCACCUGACCCGCCUGCUAACCUGGGCACUGACCAGCCACCUGACCCGCCUGCUAAGCAGGGCACGGACCUGCCCCCGGAUUGGUGUCCUAACCGGGGCACAGACCAGUUUUCCUACCAGGGCACAGAGCAGCCUGUUAAACAAGGCAUAGACCAAUUUUCCAAGCAGGGCAUAAACCAGCCUACAAACCAACCUGCCGAUGGGGGCACAGACCGGUGCACAGAGCAGCCCGCUGUAGUUCCCACGCCGUUACUGUGCUCUCUCAGCCAGGAUGAGGGCAGCAAGACUAAUGAAAAGAGUAACCCAUCAGCCAGCAUGUCAGUGGGCAUCCAUGGGAAAGAAGCUAAGGAGCAUGGGCCCAAGCGGGAGGAAAAGGCAGCCUCACAACACAGGAGUGUGGACGAGCUAAUGAAAGCUCUCAUGGAUCUGCUGAUGGAGAUUUUCAGUAAUUCCUGGUGUAUAUUGACACUGAAAACCUUAUCGACAAUGCUUAGGCCACUGGUGCUGAAGAAAUUGACCAGCGUCUUAGACAUCCUGAAACUCACAGACACCCAGGUGGCAUCUUACCUUGACAGCCUGCGGGAGACACGGUGGCCCAAGGGGGUCCCAGCAGUUCAGGGAUCCCCAUCAACCAGCGAGGAGAAAAACAAGAUGAAGGAGAAGGCCUACAGUCUACUCAUUGCCAAAUCCCCGUGGAUCUUGAAGAGUAACGUGAAAUCUGCAUUUGAACUCCUCCAGGAUGCUCAGGAGAACAAGAAGCUGGUGUAUAAGCUGCUGUCACUCCUGCUGAGGAAGCUGUUUUCUGGCGACAGAGAGUUACAUUCAAAGACUGGGGAACUGCUUAAGAGUUCUCUGUGAGUGGAAGAGCUACAAAAGAGCGGACAACACAAACUUUAACUAUAAUGGUUCAGGACUAAAUCUGACCAACAAGAUACAACAAAGUGCCCCCAGAGAAAAUCUGUCUUUUGUACCGAUGUAAAAGUAGGGUUGUAUGUUGUGAAAACCGUUCAUGUGUCCAGUAUACAGUAUGGACACAGAAUAGGAAACAUUUAAUAUAUACACAGGCAGUUCUGGACUUGGCUGAAACCCAUUCAUGUAAAUCUGGACUUAGUUUGUGGAAGCGCUAAGGCAAAAAAGCCAAAUGGAAAUAUAUUUUAUUUUUAUUUAUGUAAUGUGCACUCUUUAGUGUGUAUUACCAGUAUAAUGUAGCUUAUUUGUUUUUUGCUAUAAGGUUUCUUGAGUGGUUUGGGAAGGUAAAUCAGCUUAUGGAAGGGUUUGUGAAAUGGAUUACUUCCAAGAGUCGAGAACUUCCUGUAUAUGAAACUGUGAUAUUUUCAUAAAGGCAGAGCCAAAUAAUCAGAAGUUUCUAACCAAAGCAAAUGUCAUUGCAAGAAUGUUCAUCUGUGCCAUCAUUAUUCAGGUCAGAAUAUUUAUGCCUUUUAAUGUUUCUUUGAGUAGGGAUGAUUGACUGUAGCAAUUUGCAUUUUUGCUGCUGUAAUUCCAAGCAAACUGUUUCAGGAGCCCACUGGAGCCCACUUUGUCCCUGCAUCAGAAGGGAAUGAAAUGAAAUGAUUUUCAGGAUUGUGUAAGAUUGUAAAUCCUACAAUCCCCAGGAUUGUAAAUGUGAAUCCUCUGUUUGUCUGUGAGCUUGGCGUAUUCCCCUGUCGUGUAGAUUUCCUCCUGCAGUCCAACUCCUGCAGGGUUGCCAGCUUUGCUCAGCUGGUUGGUGUGAGAUUCUAAACAAGUCUGCAGCACACAUGCACAUGCAUUUCCAUGUAUGUAGCAGUUUUACCUUGUAAAUUAUCUGUAGGGGUUGCAAACUACCCCAACACAUGUGAUGUAGCAAAUUUUAGGUUUAUAAUAGAAUAAUAUAGAUUUGCUGUAAGAUUUCUUGGGUGAGUGUGAGAGUCUGGAAGUGUGACUGUCAUACCAGAUGCAUGAGAGCAGCGAGCUCUGACCCUGUGCCACAUGAAAUAGGUUCCAUAAUAAAUGGGUGUAAGAUGGAAAGGUGGAUAUUUAAGUUGGUACAUUAAAAUCAGGUUUGUGUGGCAAUAAAAUGUUACAAAUCUACUAUUUAUUUUUUGUUCUCUGACUUGAAUAGAUAUCUGUAAAUGUCAUUUGCUGGAUACUGUAGCGGGUUCAUAGUUCCAAGGGCAGAUGUGCUUUUACUUCUAAGUUUUUUACGCUUUAGUGGCAACCGGAUAUGCUCCUUUUCUCAUUUUUAUGUUAUUAAUAAAAUUUUAAACUCUUUUUCACGAGAA